AGGAGACCACUGGGCAGCUGAUCCCGGAGGCUCCUGCCUGGACUGACCCUGCAGAGCCACAAAGAAUCACAUCAUUUUGAAAUACUCAUGGCAGAGGAAGGGGCCAUCCUCACCAGGAACCUGAAAGCUGCUGUCUCCGCCAUCCUCCAGGGCUACCCUGGCAGGCAGCCUCCAGUGACAGAUGCCAGCGCUGAGCUGCACAGACUCUGUGGCUGCCUGGAGCUGCUGCUACAGUUUGACCAGAAAGAGCAGAAGAGCCUCCUGAGGCCUCGGAAGGAUUACUGGGACUUCCUCUGCUCUGGCCUACAGCAACAGCGGGGCAGCACGGAGCCAGCCCGCUUCGUCUGCUCACAGGACAAGUUGAAGACUUCUCUAGCAAAAGGCCGUGCCUUCAUCCGCUUCUGCCUAGCCCACGGACAGCUGGCCGAGUCCCUGCAGCUCUGCCUUCUGAACCCCGAGCUCACCAGGGAAUGGUAUGGCCCCCGGAGCCCUCUGGUGUGCCCUGAACUCCGGGAAGACCUCCUGGAUUCUCUCUAUGCUCUCAAUGGAGUGACCUUCGACUUGAACCUGCAGUGGCCGGACCUAGAUGAAGCCUGGCCCAUGUUCUCAGAGUCCUGCUGCCCCAGCCGGACCCAGGGAAGAAGACCCAGAAAGACCAAAGACUCCCCAAAGCAGCUUCCUAGCACCAGGUACGGAUACCGUGAGGACUCAGCCUGUGCCCAGAAGGGGGAACACACUGCAACGCCACCUGUUAAGUGCGGUGAUGCAGCCAUGCACGGAGGAACAGGGGAGCCUGGAGACGGCUUCUCAGGAGAGAUCUCAGCCACACGUGGAAACCCCACAGCAGUCCAGCCAGAGGAGCUGCACACUAGCCAAACCAGCUGUCUGCAAGAUGCACCCAGGAAAGACUGGUUAGCCGGACUCCCCAGGUCCCAGCAACAAAGGCACCUUCCUCCCUUUUUGGAAAAGAAAAGAGAAGAUCCCAGGAGCCUUGGGUCCUCCCAGGGCAUGUGGGAACCAGCAGGGGAGGAACUUCAGCAAGCCCAGGAGAAAGGAGCCCCAAGAACUGGGAUCUGCCUGGAGAUUUCAACACCCAGCAUCCAGGGACAGGGAGAGGGGUCUGAGGGGGCUCCAAAGGAGGUGACAGGCACAGAGGCCAAGGGCAGAAGGAUUCUUCCCAGUGCGGAGGGGACUCAUGAAGGGGGAGCAGAGCGGGGUCAUGUCCAUAGGCUACUGGCCUCCAGCCCUACAGGGACAAUAGAGGACACAAUGUCAGGGAACCAGCAGGAGUGGGAGGUGCCUAGCAUUCCAGGGGAGCCCCGGGUCCUUUGGGGCCUGGGAACAAAGGAAGACUUCACCCCAGAGGAACCACAAGAGGAAACAGGAGAGACCAGUGUGACCAGGAGGAAGGAGCAAGCAGAAGUGGCCUUGCAGGAUGUGGUCAAGAGCCUGAGACGUGGGCUCCGGAAGACCGAGGAGCGGGCGCAGCACCAGGAGCAGCUGCUGAAGGAGAAGGAAGGGGAGCUGCGGACACUACAGGAGCGGCUCAGCAGGUGUCAGGAAGAGAGGGCCCGGCUGCAGACAGAGCUGGAGCAGAAUCAGCAGGAGGCUGAGAGGAAGGACGCCAUGUAUGAGAAGGAGCUUGGAGGGCAGCGGGACCUGGUCCACGCCAUGAAGAUGAGGGUGCUGGAACUGAUUCAAGAGAAGGAUGACCUGUGGCAGAAGGUCCAGCAUCUCUCUUCCAUGGCCCCCGGAUGCUGUGUUGACUGCAGCAAGGUCUUUGGCCGGCUGUCUCGGCGGUACCCAUGCAGGCUCUGCGGAGGCCUGGUUUGCCAUGCCUGCUCUGUGGAUUACAAGAAGAGAGGGCGCCACUGCCCACCCUGCUCCCAGAAGGGAGCAGCUCAGUUCGACCAAUGAGAUCACCCCGGAAUGGCCACCCACCCCAUCCCGUCAACUCCCUCCCCUCCGCCCUUCCCACCCCUCUGGUCUGACCUAUCCUGCCUUCUGGAAGUUGGUGACCUAAGGCGGACAACACUUGUGUGCGCAUUCUGUAGUGUGGGAGUGGAAGGAGCCAGGCUGGCAGGCAGGAGGCAGGAGGCAGGUUGAAGCCCUGCAUCCACCAUCCAUGAGCUGGGCGACUUGAGAGAGCUCACAGCUGUCUGGGCUUCUUCUGUAAGUGAGGGAGCCGGGCACCAUCCUCUCUAAAGUUCCUCCAGGCCCAGAAUGUCCUUGACCAAGAAGAAGACCCAGAGACCCUGACAUUUCCCACACUCCCACCUCACCCAGCCCACCGCUCACCACACUCAGGAGCAUCCUGUCUGCUUUGAAGGUCUGCUUUUGUUGUGUUUUCAUCUUUAACAUCUUUCCUGAGUUACUAUUGACAUUUAACACACUUCACAUAAAUUGUACAAUUUGAUGAGUUUUCACUUUAAUAUAUACCCAUGACACCAUCGCCAUACUCAAAAUAAUGAACAUCAUUCCCAUCAUUCCCCAAAUUUCUUCAUGCCCUUUGUAACCUUCCCUCCUCCUCCUCUCUCCCCGGCACCCACUUACUUGCUUUCUAUCACUGGAGACUAGUUUUCCAGAAUUUUAUAUAAAUGGAAUCCUAAUUUUACACUCUCUA